GGGCCCUUUUACAUUCGGCUUCGGUGGCAAGUAUCGAAAAAACCGAUCACUGCGAACACCUACUGGGCCUCACUAAACGGCAAAUAAAGAUUUGCAAGAAAAAUCUUGAAGUUAUGGAUUCAGUACGACAAGGUGCACUGCUAUCGGUUGCCGAAUGUCAGUGGCAGUUUAGAACCAGGCGAUGGAACUGCAGUACCGUAAAUGGAACAAGAAUUUUUGGGAAAGUCCUCAGCGAAGGAACAAGGGAAGCUGCGUUUGUUCACGCUAUUUCCGCUGCUGGUGUAGCCCACACUGUAACUCGAGCUUGCAGUAGUGGGGCUUUAGGUCGAUGCGGAUGUGACCGGACAGUACGCGGAUAUUCUUCCGAGGGUUUUCAGUGGUCCGGUUGUUCAGACAAUGUAGCUUAUGGCACUGCUUUCUCCAAGAGCUUCGUAGACGCUCGCGACUUGAGGGCAGCCAGAGGACGUUCCAGCGCUAGAGCUCUAAUGAAUCUUCACAAUAAUGAAGCAGGGAGAAAGGUGAUCGAGUACAACAUGAGGGUAGAAUGCAAAUGCCAUGGAGUUUCCGGUUCCUGUGAAACAAAGACUUGUUGGAGAGCACUGCCCAAGUUCCGUCUUGUGGGAACCAUUCUUAAGGAAAAGUUUGACAGCGCUACAGAAGUACAGCCACGACGAUCCGGCAAGCGCAGCCAACUCGUACCUUUGAAUGCUUACUUCAAAUACCACUCCGACACGGACUUGGUUUACCUGGACUCAUCUCCGGACUUCUGCGAGCAGGAUUCGCAGAUCGAGACACCGGGCACCCACGGGCGCCAGUGCAACAAGACUUCACGAGCAAUUGAUGGCUGCGAUCUGCUUUGUUGUGGUCGCGGUUAUACUAGCCGGUCAGAGAAUGUGACUGAAAGAUGCGACUGCAAGUUCUAUUGGUGCUGCUACGUCAAAUGUAGAGACUGCAAAAAAGAGGUUGAAUUUAAUUACUGUUUAUAGAUUCAUUAAGAAACUUAUAGAUAGGGCAUAAACAGACUAUAUUAUAAACAUUACGCUCACCGAAUUGGACUUGAGAAAAAAUAAAAGGCAAAAAUGGCGCCGUAGGAGGUUUUUCAGUUAAAUCAGCCAAAAUGUGUAUUAUAUUUGUUUGUUGCAUUGUUAAUCUUAAAUGCAUAAGUACAACUUUGACUGCCAAAUUUUCAUAUUUUACGUCAGGUUUUUUACACUUGCAUUUACGUAGCUAUUGUUAGGCAUUUUAAAGGAAAAUAUAAUGUUAUUGUUUUCAGGUAAUAAAUAAUGAUAUUGCGGUUAAUUUACACUGGCUGUUUUGGGAAAUUAAUUUUUUAAAAGAGCAAAUUUAGAGUCUAAUAAAUGUAUACUUCUUCAUUUGUAAAGCUAGAACCCUUAUUAAAAUGUUUAAAUUUUAACUCGAACUCUAAACAGCAUUGUAUUUCUCACUUUGUGAUAUUUUUAGAAAAGUUUAAGUUAUUCGUUAUCUGAAAUUCAUCUAUAACGAAUUAGGCACAUUUAAAGUUUCCUUAAAGAAUACGAAUGUACAAGAAUAAUAAUUAAAAUAAACCAUUAAUUUGCAUUAAAAUAACAGAAUGGGCAUAUCUAUAAAGUCCCUUAUAUUUACAUAUAUUUGUAUUAAAAUAAAGUUUUUGAGGUAUGAUUUAGUUUAAUUUGUUUCUUUUUUUAUGACUAUUUUUCAUCCAGUUGGACUCAUAUUUCUUGGUUAUAAAAAUUGUGAAACAGCAAACUACUUUAUGCUAAACUUUAUUUAGAAAUUUACAUAAGAUUUAUGAAAUCUGUAUUUACAGUUAUUAGUUUCUGAAUUUCUGUAAUAAAAAAAAGUUGAUUUUCACUCAGUCAGUUUUUAAAUAAAUUCUGGGAGAGAAGUGAAUUAAAUUAAUGUUCUGCUGUUUAUUUUAUUCCAGCUUACAUUACAAUUUCUUACAAAAUGUCGUUCAAAAAGAUCAGUAAUAUUUAUAAGAAACAAAUAAAAUGUAACUAUUCGAAAUUUUAGUGUGAGAUCUAUGCUUCGGAUUUAUUUCUUAAAGCUAAUUAUAAGGCAAAAAUAUUUUGCUAAAGUAUAGCUGUAUUUUUCCGCCUAAUCGUAUGAAAACUACUCUAUACCGAAAAAAUGUUACGAGCUAUUUAUGAAAGUAGAUUUAGAUUUUCAAAUUAUGGAAUUAAAUGCAUUUGAAAUGAAACCUUAAAUUUGGAUAUCAAGUAGAUGGCAUAUUGUGAAACAACAUUAUAACUGUGAUAAAAAUUACUUAAAAAUUAUAACUGAAAUCAAAAAUGUUAAUUUGAUAUUUAAACUAACUCUGAAUUAUAUCCUGCAAUUCAAAACUAUAGAUUUAAGUCUGAAUUUAAAAUCAGAUGUAGAGUGUAAGAUAAUUUUUGAUGUCAAAUAUGAGAAGGUUAAGUCAUGUCAUACUCGUGGUAAAUGAUAUCAUUUUCAGUGACGUAUAAUCUUAGAGCCUAAACUAGUUAAAUCAAAAUCUUUGAAUGAAGAAGGGGAAAACAAAAUCUCUAACUUUGGGAUAGGAAGGCAUUUCAAAGAAAUCUCUCUCUCUCUCAAUAUUUUGGUCAUUUAUGAUCGAAGGAAAAUUGUGGCGUUAUUUUUAAUUUCUCAAUUCAGUCGCCAUCUUAUAACUUUGAUUAAAAUAUUUCUUCUCGAGGUAAAUUUUCUAUCCCUUUUAAGAGCUGGCUUCUUUUAUCAAAAGAACUUUGCUUCUCUAAAGAGGGGGAAAAAUCAAAUUCUGAACUCCUUUUCCCGGUAAAGUUUUCUUCUGAUUCUCCCAAAAUAAAUUAUCCCUGUUCCUAUCAUCUAUUGCGUGCGAACUUUGCUACAUUCAAGUGAAGAAAAGCUCGCAUUGUUUCUGUUAAAAGUUCUCUUUUUUGUUAUUUUUCCCCUUUCCUUCAUCUUGGGUAUUAUAUGGGACUCCAUCGCAUCAUCAGUUUCAGCUCGAGACAACAACUUGAGACAGUUUGUUCGACUGGACGAAUGUCCCCAUGUGAUUUAUAACCGCGAAAGGGGGUUUGGGGUUUGGAACAGCAAUCUUCACCAAUUCAUCAAUCAAGAAUUUCUGUCAGGACCACAAUUCGUUGCGAAGAGAAUAGUGGUGGAAAAAAAAUAAAAAAAUAAGUAAAGAUCCCCCUCUUAAGAGCCUAUCAAUCGAUUCUGGUACCAAAUGAUAAAUUCUUGCUAAAACUUUUGUUGUGAAACUUUUUGGAAGGUGUUUGAGACAACAGGCUUAAUCGAAGAUAUCAAAGACGCUUACCAUUUUCUGUUCUAGAGGGCUGGAAAGGAAAAUGACUGACUUCAAGUCAGCUGGAAGUCCUUCAUCCCAUGACUUCAUCUAAUAUCUUCAAAAAUCAAAAGGAAAUCAGCGCUUGAAUGUUUAUCUUCCCUCGAUGAACGAAUUUAUGAUUUCUUUGAUACAAUUCUUCAUAAUAUAGGCCCAUAUUCAUAAUGAAGCCAAAGUGGCAAUUAUGUUGCAAAACAAGUAAAAGUCUCUAAUAUAAAAAUAAAUAUAAGUGUGUGUCCCAAAUAUAAAAAUAACAUAUUCGACUUUUAUAUUCGACUGCAAUUUUAAAAUAUAUAAGAACAAUGGAAGCGGCACAAAAAUGCUGUUAAAUAAAGUAGUAUAUCAAAUUAAAAUUCCCCUAAUUUAGAAUUUUUUUUUCCUUAUUAGAUACUCACGAAUUGUAUAGCUGUUAUAUAAAUCUAAUUUAUCUUAAUGGGGGUUAUCUUCUUAUGAAUUAUAGAUAAUAUGCUUUUCAUCGCUACUAUUUAUAAAAGUAAAGGAACAAUGUCAGUAUUAAAUUAUCUCAAACUUGUCAUCCAAAAAUAAAGUAAUAAAUAAAUAAUAUAAUAAUGGAUAGGUAAUAUAAUUAUAAAGUUUAGAAACCUUCUUUGCAAUCAUAAACUGUAACUAAACUUCAAUAGACUGGCAGCGAAUUAUCGCUAAGUCUGAAUUAACUGAAAUUUGAGAAGGGUGUAAAAGACCUUUUUAUUUAAACUAAGAACAGAAGGCACUCUUGGGGCUUACAGUCUCAGCCAGCACUUAUGGUGAGAUAACUUAAACUAACAGCAAAUUCAAAUGUAAAAUUUGAAUUCAAAUAAGCUAGUAACCGAAAGCUACACAAAUCAAUUAGCGUGAAGUUGGCUCAAAACUUAACCGCCGUGGAUAUUCAGCUAUCGGCAAUUAUAAUGCAAGGCUGAAGACUACAAUCUUAUCGUUUCUAACAACCUGGUAAUGUGUCCUCGAGAGGGAGAACAGGCUGUGUCUUGCUAUCUAAAACCCUAACCUAAUAUACGCGAACUAAACUAAAUACUUGCAAACUAAUUUGCAUUCUGGCAGGGAAACGGGAGAAGUGACGAUAGAGAUCCAAAAUAUAAAAUAACUGGUUAAUUAACACAAAGGAAUGCUACAUAAUAAUACCAGGAAACAUAAAUAGCCGAGCCCUGAAAUAUUUACAAAAUUUGAUUAUCUGUCUGUUUUACGAGCACUAAUGUUAUUUCUUGAUUUUAGUGUUUUAAAAUAUAAUUUAUUAAUGUUUCUUUUUUCAAUAUACUUUAAAUAUAUAAAAUUUUAUAUGAAAUAUUUUUCAUAUAAUAUUUAUGAAAAACUAGUGUUAUUUUAAUAAAUUUUAUAUUCAUAUUAUAACAAUAAUAAUAAGAAGCGUGCUAUACAAAAUGUAUCAUUUACUACUGUUUUAUUCUAUUUUUUAAUAUUUUAUAAAUUUAAUCAUUUCUAUUCAUAAUGCCUCAAUUUUCAAAAUCGAUCAUUAAUGUAGCAGUUAUAAAACAACAAAAUAUUUAUGUAAGAAAAUUCUAAUAAAUCAUACUGGAUCUAGAAAAAUUACCUCAUAAUUUAAAAACCUGCAGAUAUAAUUUUUUAUGAAUAAUUUUCUCAGUAUUAAGUGUUCCCAAAUUUAACAAAGGUAAUAAACCUGUCGUAAACUCCUCUUAUAGUUUGGCUUUGUUUGAAAGAACCCAAGAAAUAAACUAUAUCAGUCAGUCUGCUAACCGUUUAAUUCACCAAUAUUCCUUUUUUAAUCAUUAAUUUGGUAUAAAAAUAAUAGAUAAGAAAUAUGUCUUCAUACUAUUGUCUUUAAUUUACUUGCCAAAAAAAAUAUAUUUUACAUAACCAUGCUAAAAUUGCAUCAUCCCUUGUUAUAAAUGUAACUAUUUACAUUUAAUUACCUACUUUUAUAAUAGUAGAUUCUUGUAUGGUAAUUAGUUACCGGUUUAUUCUUAAUCUGCUAGUGGCUUCUAUUGUUUUUCGAGGAGUGUGACUAUUGUUACAUUAACGAAUGAUUUUAAUAUGUUGCUGUAAGAUACGUUGCACAGCUGAUUAUUACAAUAAAACUAAUGUAUUUGUUGAAAUUUCUUAUAUUUCGUAUAAGCAAGAUUUUUUACUUUAAUGCUAUGAUAGUUAUCCUUAUGAAUAAUAAUCAUUAUGCUUUGAUUAUACUGCAUGAUUUAAAUUAUGAGUACACUUGUUCGGGAGCAUUGUAAAUAUGUAUCACUAUUGCAUAGAAUUUCAGCACUUUAAUAAAUAUUUAUU